GUUCUACCCACCAUGCAUCGCGCGUUGAGGCUGGUCUGCUAGAGCUAAGAUGACCGACUUUGAGGAACCGCUCUCCGACGAGGAGAAGGUCCGCAUAGCAGCAAACUUUGUCACCCAUGCUCCACCUGGCGAGUUCAACGAAGUCUUCAAUGAUGUGCGGCUUCUCCUCAACAAUGACAACCUCCUCAGGGAGGGGGCAGCACAUGCCUUUGCCCAGUAUAACAUGGAUCAAUUCACUCCUGUAAAACUGGAAAAUUCGGAAGAGUUGGUUCUGAUCACGGAGCAUGGCGAUCUGGGUCAGGGGAGGUUCUUUGAUCCCCGGAGCCGCCGCUCGUUCCGUUUUGACCACCUGCGUAAGGAAGCCAGUGACCCGCAGCCCUACCAGGGCGAGAGCGCACUGCACUCCUGGAGAGAUGCCUGUGAUAAUGCGCUCAGCGCCUACGUCAAGGAGCAUUACCCAACUGGAGUGUGCACGGUAUAUGGGAAAACAGUGGAAGGUCAGAAAACCAUUAUUGCUUGUAUCGAGGGACACCAGUUUCAGCCUAAAAACUUCUGGAAUGGGCGCUGUAGGUCAGAAUGGAAGUUCACCAUCAGCCAGUCCUCCUCUCAGGUGGCAGGUGUGUUGAAGAUCCAGGUGCAUUAUUAUGAGGAUGGCAAUGUUCAGCUGGUCAGUCAUAAAGAGGUGGAGGAGUCCAUCAUUGUAUCUGAUGAAGAGACCACUGCCAAGGAAUUUGUAAAAAUCAUUGAAAAUGCAGAAAAUGAUUACCAGACCGCCAUCAGUGAGAACUACCAGACGAUGUCGGACACGACCUUCAAAGCUCUACGCAGGCAGCUUCCUGUCACCCGCACCAAGAUUGACUGGAAUAAGAUUCUCAGUUACAAGAUCGGCAAGGAGAUGCAGAAUGCCUAGAAUGUGUCUGGAUCUGCCUGGCUCUCAACACGGAACCGGUCCAAAAGAAAACCCACACGCUGUUCGCUAAACAGAGGGAGAGUCAUGCCUCCCUGAGAAAAAAGAAAACAAAACAAAAAAAAAAAAGUCGAGGGACUUACUCUAUUGAUGUUACUAAGAAGAAGUGGUUCCACUCAGUUUCUGGUUGUUUAAAGGACACUCCGGCUAUUGGAGGAGGGUCAGACAUGAGCUUAGAGGGAGUCUGGAUCUAAAUUAUCAGUAAACCCGAUGCUAUUCUUGCAUUCAUGUGAAUUUAUCUGACCCGUCUGUCCAAAAAUAUUCUUAAAGGGUGUACAAUGUAGAUUUUAUUAUUUUUUGUUUGGUUAUGUUGUUGUUGUGAGAUGGGACAUUGUGUUGAUGGGACGUCUGUGAGUGCGGGCCAGUCAUCUUUAAGACGGCACACAGAACUGCUGACAGGUUUAUUUUGACUGUUCCAAUACUCCGAACAGACAUCCUCUCCUCAUUCAGCUCAUCCCCAGAGUGUGUGUGAAGAGGAGGCUGCUCGGUGAGUUCUGGUAUAGGCAUCUGUCUUAACUCCCCUCUCUCAGCACCUUCUGCCACCUCCUAACCUUCGCACCCUUUUAAAUGAAGACAUUUAAAACAAAGUCAAACCAAAAUCUGUGUGAAAUAAAUGAGCCAAUAAAAAAAGCAGCAAAUAGUCCUCUUUCCCAUGGCAAAGAAAUCCAAAUUAAGUCUUGCGUUUCAUAUUUAUACAUACAGAUAUUAUAUUUUACUAAGCAGUCUUUAAAAACCGUCCUAGCACUUUUUUGUUACAGGCUUCACGUGUGCAGAAUCGAGCGUGUCUUACAAUACAAACAGCGAAUCAGAGUUGGUCUAUGCACUCUCCAGAACUGGAGCAGAAAGGUGUUGUUAGUGUUGUCACAUGUCAUGGUACUGUUGGGUGCUUUGCCACUGUAAACUUCACCCUGAACACAGAAGCGUAAUCAGACUGUACUAUAUCACUCAUCACUCUGUCUCUCACUCUCUCUCUCUUUCUCUCUCUCCAUCUUGCUCUCUCUGUCCUGUAAUACGGCUCUUAACUCUGAUUUUAGCAAACGUAUAUGCUACUCACAGGUAAUAAAGAAUUGGCACCGAA